CGCCGCCCGGUCCCCGCGCGUCGCCCGCGCGCAUUGUCUGCGAUGCUCACGCCCGGCCUGCCGGGCCUGCAGGAAGCAGUGGGCAUGAGUGCGGCUCGGGGCCCUUGGCCAACUCUCCAGGGCCACCGGCACCCCCCUCCGCGCUGCACGGAGUACACAAUGGGGGUCCCCUGCCCUGCGCUGUCACCUGACUCUCCCCUAAAUCCGACCGGAACCGGGCAAUUUUUCAUUCCCCCUCCCCUUUCCUUGUCCCCCAAGACCUAACCUAGAGCCUUACGAUGUUCUGUUGGGAGCCACUGCCUCAAACAGAUGGAGAAACCGAGGCCCAGGGAGGGAAGGGCUGGUCUAAGGUGGCACAGCCAGGUGUGGCACAGCCAGGUGUGGCACAGCUGGACUGGCUCCAGGGCCAGGCCCUUGCCUGUAGGAGAGAAGGCGGGUGGGGAGGCAGGAACCCAGUGAGAAGAGCAGGAGAAACAGGAGGGUGGGAGGAUGUGUGUGGGGGGGGUCCCAGCCCACCUCUGCCAGGGAGCUGGCAUCUUCUGGGUGCCUCGAAGAGCUGUGGGAUGAUCCAUGCCCAGCCCCCGCCUCCCAUUUAGCGUCCUGGCUUUCCAGGGGAGUGUCAUAACUUGUAGGGUCGGGAUGGGAACCCACCUCUGGGGCUGCAAAGCCUGAGCUACCCCGACCACACUCAGUACCCACAUUGGAAGGUUCAGGAAAUUGGGGUUUGGCUGACAGGGUGAGGAGAGCUCAGGGGCAACCACCCUGACCCAAUUCCUGUGCUCUGGGAGGAGGGCACACGGCUGGCGGUGAGUCCCCAUGCUGAGCGGCACGUCCCCCAGUGCAUUAUAAUCCCCACUCGGAGACUCAGCGCUGCCCAGGGAUGUGCCCAGUUGCCUGCUUGGAGGUGGAGGUGGCAGUCUCCAUGUUUCCUGACCGGGCAUCCUAUAAUCCUGGGCCCUGGUGGGUAAAUCCAGGGCAGGCCUGAGACUUGAGAGGACAGAGCUGUCCCCAGCUCCAGGACAGAGGGACAGGCAUUGGGGUGUUAGCCUCUUCUGUGCUGUGUGGCCUGGGGCCGUGCCCACCCUCUCUGGGCUGUUUCUCUCUCCAGCAAGAAGCUCCAGGGUUCUCGAGGGCCCCUUCCAGCUCCAGCAGCCUGAGCUCCUGAACUUCCUUCCUCCCUGCCCCUCCCCUUGCCCACACCAGAUGAGCAGCUGGUGGCUUUGGCCAGCCUGGCACCAGCUGUCCCUCCCCGGGGCCAAGUCUGCAGAGCCCGCUGUGUGUGCGCGUGAGAGAGGCCGUUGGCUCUGCAGGGGGGAGCUGUUCCCCGGCUGGGCGUGGAGCAGGCGGCGGGCAGCUGCCGAGGAGGGCUAGGUAAAUUCUCCAUGGUUACCGUUGUUUGUGAUUCCACAGGACAUCCUUUCCCGGCUAAUGGCCACUCGGACGCCAUUACGGGUCCGCGUGCUCCCGGCUCCCGAGCUGGAGCCGGAGAAUUCCCUGCUGGGGACCUUCCCACUCCCCUGUGCAGGAGACUCCACUCUGAGCUGGGCCCUGGGCCACAUGGUCCCUCGAUGCUGAGGGACAGUGUCCCCGACUGUUGCAGCCCCUAAGCGGGGCCACCCCUCCUUUCUUUGGGUGCGAGUCAUCCGGGCGUAGACUCGGACUGUGAAGAGCCCUGUCCCCUCUCUGGGGAGGGGGUGGCAGGGACUCAGAGGGUGAGGGCUUGUCUGAGGACACACAGCGGCUGUGGUCUGCUCUGAAUUCCUGAUUUUGUGUCCGGUGCACCAGAAUCCAGCCAGGGUUGGGUCUCAGAUCUUGCCCUGUCUCCCUCACCAUGGGGUCCCCCAGAGGGUUGGGGCCACAGGACAUCUUAGCAUACGGGAGGACCAGUCCCGGUAGCAUGUGGGCUAUUGUGGCAGUGAUGUGGCCCUAGGUUGUCAACCUCGGGAGCAGGACCCAGGGAACAGGGACUGGCAAGGGUGACGCUGAGAAUAGCAGCAGAUUUCAUCUUUGGUACCAGUCCCGACGGCAGGGAUGGGAAGCUGGGAGCGUCCACCCGCCUUCCACCAGCAUGGCCACGUCCUCGCAAUACCGCCAGCUGCUGAGUGACUACGGGCCGCCGUCUCUAGGCUACACCCAGGGGACCGGGAGCAGCCAGGUGCCGCAGAGCAAGUACGCGGAGCUGCUGGCUAUCAUCGAGGAGCUGGGCAAGGAGAUCCGGCCCACCUACGCGGGCAGCAAGAGCGCCAUGGAGAGGCUAAAGCGAGGCAUCAUCCACGCCAGAGGGCUGGUCCGGGAGUGCCUGGCCGAGACGGAGCGCAACGCCAGGUCCUAGCUGCAUCGUCGGUCCGUCCGCGCAAGGCUUUCUUCCCGUGCUCCUCCCAGAAGCUACAGUUCAUGUCCCCCGUUUAGGUGAAACGUGGUUUCUAAAUGGUAACCGCUUGGUCUCUCCUCCCCGAGCCCCUCCUGUGUGGUUCGUCAGGCUCCGAACCCGCCCCGCCGCCGAGACGGGCAGGAGGUUUUGCAGUUGAUUAGGUUUACAUAUUAGCUAGGAACUACCCAGGGUGUGUUUUUUUUAAGGUUUUUUUUUUUAAGCAUUGGUUAAAAUGAUGCACGUGAGAGUUACCUGUCACAGCAAACUGCAGUUCGCCUCCCGGAUACCAGUGUUUCCCUGCUGGAUACAUUUGUUCCUCACAAGGUUCUUUGUUUCCCCUCUUGAGCUGACUCGACUCUGAGGGUUUGCAUUUGGCGCUGUCGUCUGGCUUUAAUGUAACUUCCUUUUUGCUUACCCAUUUGCAUGACUAUUAGUGCUUUGAGGUCCAUCUUUAAAAUGCACAAGUUAUAAAUACAGAAGAAAAGAGCAACUUACCAAGCCCCGCCUGACAAGGACCCCUGACAUUUUCCCUGAGAAUGUGUGUAGAUUUCAGUUCCGCCCCUGCUGUAGGUUGGUCCAAACAUCUGGAAGAAAGUGACUAACACUGUUUGCAUCUUUGUAUGUAUUUAUUACUUGAUGUAAUAAAGCUUAUUUUCAUUAACA